CUUUAGUUGUCACGAUGACCAAUAUAGCAGUAAUAGGAUGCGGAGCUGUCGGCCUAACGACGGCAAUAGCGUUACAGAAUAAAUUGGGCAGUUCUGUUAAAAUACAAAUUUUUGCCAGUAAAUUCAGCCCUAAUAUUACUAGUGAUAUAGCAGCGGGCCUAUGGGAACCUUCAGUGUACACAUCAGACAGUCCCGAAGACAGGAUUAUAAAAUGGUCCAUGGAAACCUACUACUUUGUUAUGGAUUUAUGGAAAAGAGGAUUUGCAAAGGAGGCCGGAAUAACUCUACAACCCGUUUUAAAAUUAAUAGAAGAGGAGAAUUAUUCUCCACCAAAAUGGUUGCAGAACACCCUCGGCUAUGCAGUAUUGUCAGAUGAAUUUCUAAAAAAGCUUAGCAAGGAAAACAACAAAAGAUUUACCAAGGGAUUUCAAUUUAUAUCGUUCACAUGGGAGGCGUCGAUUUUUCUGCCGUAUCUGCAGGAAAUAUUCAUUAACAAUGGCGGCAGGAUUGUAAAUAAAACAAUCAUGCAACUUAGCGAAUUGUCUGAGUUUGACGUAAUUGUUAAUUCCAGUGGAAUUGGGGCGAAAUAUUUGGUCGACGACGACAACGUGUUUCCCAUUAGGGGACAAAUUGCCAGGGUUUAUGCACCGUGGCAGUUCAGCGCAGUGCAAGUCGGGGGCAAUUACAUUAUACCCAAUAUAAAUUGCGUGAUUCUAGGCGGCACAAAGCAGAAAGAGUAUAACACGGAAAUAAAUCCAGCCGACACGGAAUUCAUACUUGCAGGAUGUGCCGGUUUCGUACCUGCAUUGAUAAAUGCGAAAGUGGUGAAGCAUCAAGUGGGGCUACGUCCUGGAAGAACUCAAGUUCGGUUGGAAAUGAAGUUACAGAAAAUGGGCGGUAGAUUAGUUAAGGUUCUACAUAAUUAUGGGCAUGGUGGAAGCGGAAUAACUUUGUGCAUUGGCUGUGCCAACGAAGCCGUCGAAAUCAUUCAACAUGCUUUGAACCAAAACAAAUCUAAAUUAUAAACUUGCGAUGCUAAUUCAAAAUAAAAUUAUUUAACUGUAUAAUGUUGUUUUUGUUGUACUUUGUCAGUAACCAAUAGUUUGUUGCUUUUGUUUGAUACAUGAAU